AUGUUACGACCUCUUUCCGACGAAAGCUCCAUCUCCAGCAGCAGCAGCAAUAAAGCCAGGAACAGACAGCGCAGAAAGAAGGCGCCGCCCAGCAGCAGCAGCAGUGAGGAGGAAGAGGAAAGCAGCAGCGAAGAAGAGAGCAGCAGCAGCAACUGCGCCAGCGCCAGCGCCAGCGGCAGUGAACGCAGUGGUGGCAGCGAGCAGAGCAGCAGCUACACGAAAUCUGGCAGCCCAAUAGAGCCAACUGCAGCAAAGCAGUGGCAGCAGCAGCAGCAACUAGCUCACGGUAGCGUAGGUACAGCUUCAGACGACUCACAAGAAACAAAGCCUGCCGCAAAGCAGCAGCAGCAGCAGAGCAGCAGCGGCAGCAGCAGCAGCGAUGGUAGCAGCGAAGCCAGUGGUAACACUAGCAGCGAAGACAACAGCAGCUGCAGCGGCAGGAGCAGCAGCAGUGGCAGCAGUGGCAGGAGCAGCAGUGCAGAGGGAAGCAGCGGCGAAACAGAGCCAUCGGCCGCUCAGUCGCAGCGGGAAACCGGAGCUGACGCAGCAGCAGCAACAGCAGCAACAACAGCAAGAGCAGUAAAUAAGUCAUCAAGCUCCUUCGCCAGCAGCAGCAGCAGCAGCAACGGCAGCACCUCGCCUGAUGGGGAGACACCGCAGCUAUCUGUUCGUGCGCAGCAGCAGCUAGCGCCUGUCCGCAGCAGCAGCAGCAGCAGCGGCGGCAGCGGCAGCGGCCGCAGCAGCUCUGAAGGGCCGGCGUGUCAGCAAAGCAGCAGCAGCAGCAGCAGCAGCGAAAGUGCGCAGAGCAGCAGCAACAGCCGCAGCUCAUCUGCUGAUGAGACAAGCGUGAAAGGGAGCUCGUGA